AUGUUGGAGGCUCACCCUGAUUAUAUACAAUGUCUCACUGUGCACCCAACUGCAAGCAUCGUGCUCACUGGAAGUGAUGACAUGACUAUCAAAGCUUGGGAUUGGGACGAGCAGUGGAAAUGUAUUCAGGUAUACGAAGGACAUACGCACUACAUCAUAAACAUCACUUUCAACCCCAAAGACUCAAAUACUUUCGCAUCUGCUUGUCUUGAUCGGACCAUCAAGAUGUGGUCCCUUGCCUCCCCUACAGCAAACUUUACCAUGGAUGCACAUGACAAAGGCAUCAACUAUGUUGACUUUUACCCUGGCUUGGAUAAGCCAUACCUCCAAAAGCUGCGUGCAAAUGAUGGAAGGACACACAAGAUCAAGGAGAUCAGUACCACAGAGAUAUUUGUGAAGGCACUGCUACACUUGCCAAAUGGACGCUUCAUGACUGUUGUCAGUGAUGGAGAAUACAUCAUCUACAUGGUGCUCGCAUGGGCUGGUGACUCAAACAUGUAUGCAGUAUUGGAGAGCAAGGUGAAGCUUCGUGUGUUCAAAAACUUCAAGGAACACAGUGAUGCAGGGAUGAAGGGCACAAGAAGCUGGGCAGUGGAUGCCAUUUAUGGAGGUCUGGUGUUGGGCACGCAUGGAAAGGGUUUUGUGAUCUUUUGGGAUUGGGAGAGCGGGGAAAUUGUGAGGCACAUUGAUGUGGAUGCAAAGAAUGACACUCGUGGUGGUUAUGCCCACAAUUCUAAACUAGAGGAGGGCGUGGAAAUCACAGAUGAGGGUGUUGAGGAAUCAUUUGAUGUUGUUGCUGAGAUCUCAGACAGCAUGAAGAAUCAAUAUCUUUGGGUAUUUGUUGUCUUUGAGUGUUGUUGA